CUUGUGCCACAUAGUGUUGCUCUGCUCGCGUUUGGAGCCUCGUUCCCUUCAGUGAUCCCACGCAGAGCAGGAGGCGUCCCUUUGCGUUCAGUUGUGUGAUGAUCUGUGGUGAGAGGAGGACGAUGCCUCUGAGGACCGGACUUUUCCUCCUGAUGGUGCUGAACGCAUCCGCUUACGAACUGGACCAGAACGAGUCUUAUUCGCCCAGGAGAGCCCGCUUCUCUGCCAACAGCCCCACAGAUGUGGCACGCUGUCUCAACAGUGCCCUCCAAGUCGGUUGCGGAGCCUUCGCCUGCCUGGAAAACUCCACUUGUGACACAGAUGGCAUGCAUGACAUCUGCAAGUCCUUCUUAUACAGUGCUGCUAAAUUUGACACUCAGGGUAAAGCAUUUGUGAAGGAGAGCCUUAAGUGCAUUGCCAAUGGCAUCACCUCCAAGGCAUUCCCCACCAUCCGCCGCUGCUCCACCUUCCAAAGAAUGAUAUCUGAGGUCCAAGAGGAAUGUUACAGCAAGCUGGAUAUCUGCACUGUUGCCCGAUCGAAUCCAGAUGCAAUUGGUGAAGUGGCACAGCUGCCAAGUCACUUCCCCAAUAGGUUUUACGGUAAGCUGCUUCAAAGCCUGAUGGAGUGCGACGAGGACACGGUGGACCGCGUCCGAACCAGCAUGGUGUCGCGGCUGGGCCCAGAGAUGACCAUGCUUAUUCAGCUGCUGCAGAGCAAGCCCUGCCCAUCCACUGCUGUGGCUGCAGCUGCCGCCAUCCCAACUGGAGUGGAGGGCCGUGGGAGCUGGCGCUGGGCCAUGGGUCCCCAUAUGUACAAGAUCCAGCCUAAUCUGCGAAACAGAGACUCUGCCAGUCAUUUUGGCAAAAAGCGCUCCGCCAGCGACAGCUCCUAACUCCCGCUCAGUCUCAAAAGAAAAAAAAAAAAACACUCACACCCCUCGAUACAUCACGAAAGCUUCUCUAUUCCCUAGGGGUGAUAAGAAUCCAUUUCUCCGCUAGACUGGUUACAGAAA